AUGGCUAACAGUGUGACCGUCAACAAAAAGGCUACGAAGCAUACCUUCUCUUGCAGUUUCUACCGUGAGGACAUAACACCUUUGGUUCGAUUGAGCACCCGAGUUACUGGGCAAAAUUUGGAUGAAUUCAGAAAGACUUAUGGCCACCUUCUGCUUAUGUUAACUACUCGUAUUGAUGAGUGGGGUCUCUACACUCUUCUUCAGUUUUAUGAUUCUGAGCAGCGCUGCUUUACCUUUCAAGAUUACCAAUUAGCCCCUACCCUCGAAGAGUAUGCACAUAUUCUUCAAAUCAAAGUUCAACAUAAGGAUAACUGGAAGCCUAAUGGUGGGACCCAUGGAUUCUAUGUGAAAUUCCUGAUGAAGAAAGCUGAAGCCCUUGCUGAUGAGGAAAAGUGGAAAGAAUUCAAUGCUCUCCUGGCCGUCAUGAUCUAUGGAUUAGUGAUGUUCCCGAAUAUUCCAAAUUUUGUUGACCUCACUGCCAUUUGUCUCUUUAUGGAUCAAAAUCCUGUACCCACUAUGUUGGGCGACACUUAUUAUGCCAUCCAUUCUAGGUAUGGGAAAAAAGGAUCAGUUGGGGGUUGUUUACCAAUACUGUACGAAUGGUUUUCUUCACAUUUGCCUAAAAGCGGAGCGUUUGUCACCACAAGAGAUUCACAGAAGUGGCCCCAAAGGAUCAUGGGGCUCACUGCAAAUGACACCGUCUGGUGUCGCAUCGGAAUGAGCAUAGAGGAAGUUAUAACUAGUUGUGGCAGUUUUGACAACGUUCCCCUCAUAGGAACGAAAGGUGUUAUCAAUUAUAACCCGAGGCUCGCGUUACGCCAGUUGGGAUUUGUGCUUAAAGACAAGCCUUUGGACAAAGAGAUAUUCGAAUCCGUUUGCUUUGAGAAGGGAACUGAUCCAGAGGGUUUGGAAAAAGUAAGAAGUGCCUGGAAUAGCAUCCAUACAGAUGAUCAGACUUCCCUAGGUGGGAAGAAUGUCGUUGCCAAAUGA